GCAGCUGCAGCACAGCAGAGGAAGGCAGGAAGGAAGAAGAUAUCAGACCAGUGUGAAGCCAAGCCAGCGCGUCUCUCUCUCUCUCUCUCUGGUCGCUUGGUCGGUCCAUCGGAGGAUCAGCUCGGCGGUGGCCAUGGCAAUGGCGCAGCAAGCGAGCCUCCCCUGCUCGACUGCCACCACAUGGAGAGAGCUCACGAACACGAGCUGGAGGGACGACGACUACAGGCGGAUGGUGAUGGCGUACCUGAUCGAGGCGGUGUACCUGCUGGAGCUGGAGCGGCAGGAGCGCCGGGACGCGGCGGCGGUGGCGCAGCAGUGGUGGAAGCCGUUCCACUUCCGCCUGGCGCACGAGCUGGUGGACGACCGCGACGGCUCCGUGUUCGGCGCCGUCUUCGAGCGCGACCACCAGGGCGGCAGGCCGGGGCCGGGGCCGAGCCCGAGCGGCGCGCCCAGCGCCGUCAUCGCGUUCCGGGGCACGCUGCUGCGCGCGCCCACCAUCCGCCGCGACGUAGAGGACGAGCUCCGCCUGCUGGCCCGCAACAGCCUGCGGGGCUCCGCCAGGCUGGCGCGCGCCGCGCAGGCGCUCCGCGCCACCAUCGACCGCUUCGGCUCCGAGAACGUCUGCGUCUGCGGCCACUCCCUGGGCGCCGGCUUCGCGCGCCAGGUCGUCCGGACGCUCGUGGCCUCCUCCUCCUCCUCGCCGCGGCAACCGCGCCAGCAGGCGGCCGCCUUCGCCGCCGCGACGCUCGAGUCCCACCUCUUCAACGCGCCCUACCUGUCGCUGCCCAUGGGCGUCAGGAGCGUGGUCAGGACGGCGGACUGCCUGCUCAAGGCGCUCCGCUCCGGCGUCGCCACCGUCGGCAAGUGGCACGGCAAGGCGCUCCGGAACGUGGCCUACGCCAGCUGCGUCCUCGGAUACACCAGGCUCGAGAGCACCAGGAAGUUGUGAGGAUCGAUCGGAUCGAAUGCCUCCGCCACCUCGCGUCCUCCUCGAUGCUGCCUCUGGCUUCAACGGUUGAACCGUCCUGCCAGUGCCAGCCAAACUGUAUCUAUGCUCGAUCACCUUGUAGUAGGAAGUACUCGGAAAUUAAUUCAAUUCUAGCAGGAGACGAAUAAAGCAUCUGACCGGAGGAUGCAAGGCCUUGCGUGCAUAUGCUUUGCUUUGCUUUUGUACAAUCUUUUUAAAUGUGAAUUACAGU